AAAAAGUCAGUGGAACUCUAGAUAUACGUUAUAACGAAAUGGCUAGCGCCAGUAGUUCAACAAAAAAAAACUUCAUCGUCGGUGGAAAGUAUAAAUCCAAAUGUAAGUUAGGAAGUGGUUCAUUCGGAGAAGUUUAUUUUGGCAUCGACAUCACAGAUGAAAAACAGGUAGCUAUAAAAUUGGAGUCAAGAGUGGUAAAGAAAUCACGACUACUCUACGAAGGUAAAGUAUAUGAAAUUCUUCAAGGUGGUAUCGGUAUACCUGAUAUACUAUGGUAUGGAGAAGAAAGAAAUUAUAAUGCUUUAGUCAUGGAUCUUCUUGGACUAAGUUUAGAAAAACUUUUUACAUUACGUUCACGACGUUUUACUAUGAAAACUGUCUUAAUGCUAGCUGAUCAGAUGAUUGAACGAAUUGAAUAUGUUCACAAUAAGAAUUUCAUUCAUCGAGAUAUUAAACCAGAUAAUUUUGUUAUUGGAAUUGGAAAACAUCUCAAUAAGCUUUAUCUCAUAGAUUUUGGUUUAGCAAAACAAUAUAUUCGCAAAGGACAACAUAUACCUUAUCGUGAAGAUAGAAAUUUGACUGGUAGUAUCAGUUAUGUUAGCAUUAAUACUCACUUGGGUAUUGAACAAAGUCGUAGGGACGAUAUGGAGUCGAUAGGAUAUAUGUUAAUGUAUUUUAAUCGUGGAAGGCUGCCGUGGCAAGGUUUGAAAGCAGCAACCAAAAAACAAAAAUAUGAAAAAAUAAGUGAAAGAAAAAUGUCGAUAUCAGCAGAAGUUCUUUGUAAUGGAUUUCCGACCGAAUUUGCAGCGUACUUGAAUUACUGUCGAAAUCUCCGCUUUGAUGAAACACCAAAUUAUACGUACCUGAGGCAAUUAUUUAGCAAUUUAUUUCGCAUACUUAAUUACGAAUACGACUGCAUAUUCGAUUGGAAUCAGCCUAAGCAAAAACAGAAGACCGACCAGCCGGAAGUAGCAAAUUGA